GAUCUCAAGUUCCUCAACCAACAGAAAAUUUUGCAGCACCAAAAAUUCUAAAGAAAAGAAAAGUAAAAAAGAUUUGGUGGCAUCACGAAACAACAUGAGAAACUAAAGAAGGGACGUAGAUUUGCAUAAUGUGGCUUCAAAAUGGAAAGACGCCAAGUAGUAGCCCCAGAAAAAAAGGUAGUAGAAAUGGGCUUGUCGCUGUCGCCAUAGACAAGGAUAAAUCAAGCAUGUAUGCCAUGAGAUGGGCUGCUGAGAAUCUCCUCUCCAAAGGCCAAACCGUCAUCCUCAUCCACGUCCUCCAAAAACCCUCCUCGAAUUCAGGUCACAACUAUGCCCUCAAUGGCCUCAACGGCAGUGGCAAUGACAUAGUUCUUGAAAAACCCACCAAAGACCUCUUCAUCACCUUCCAUUGCUUAUGCACUCGCAAAAAUAUAGCGUGUUUCGACGUGGUAUUGGAAGAUAUGGACAUCGCUAAGGCCAUAACCGAAUACACUGCGCACGCUGCCAUCGAGAAUCUAAUCCUCGGAGCUUCUCGCCACGGCUUCAUUAGAAGAUUGAAGACGGUAGAUGUCCCCACAAGCGUCUCGAAAGCGUCCCCGGAGUUCUGCACGGUCUACGUCAUCUCCAAGUCCAAGAUCUCGUCCCUCCGGAACGCUUCCCGGCAGGCGCCCUUCGCCUCCCCACUCCUGACUCAUCUGCAGCCGCCGCAGGAGCGGAGCAGCAAUCCUGUGGUACCUCUAGAUUCACAGCACCUUCCCAGCAAAGUUCCGGACAGGAUUCUUCGCAGGGUCGCUCCCGAGGAGACUGACAUGAUGAGCAAGUCGCCAAUUUUGUCACGAGGCUACAAUCCAAACAUGUUUAUGGAUCUCUCGGAAAGUGAUACGGACAUAUCUUUCAUUAGUUCGGACAGGGCGAGCACAGAAAGCAGAUUCAUGGAUCCUUUGCUCUGCGACGGCGUGGAUUCGGGCGGGAGCUCUAGAGUUUCGGUUAGCUCAGAGAGUAGCUUCGGAUUACGUCCAUUAUCGAGAUUUAGCGAUGUGAAUUCUAUGACCGAAUAUUCUACUGGGUCAAUGGAAAGUGAUGAGAUGGAGACUGAAAUGAGAAGGUUAAAGUUAGAGCUGCAAAAAACAAUGGAUAUGUACAGCACAGCUUGCAAGGAGGCUAUAACAGCCAAGCAAAAGGCGGUGGAGCUACACCAGUGGAGAGUGGAUGAGGAGAAGAGAAUUGAGGAUGCGCGGAUGGUGGAGGAGGCAACUCGAGCGACGACGGAAGCAGCUAAUAGGGUGUUGGAGCUUGAAUCACAGAAACGAGUGGAGGCAGAGAGGAAGAUGAUUAUGCAGGACAACGGCGACGACAAUGGACUAAUCGUGACGCCUCUAAGAUACAGAAAGUACUCCAUCGAGGAGAUCGAGUUGGCCACUGAGUACUUCCACGAGUCGCGGAAGAUCGGCGAAGGCGGCUAUGGCCCUGUCUACAAGUGCUCCCUUGACCACACAUUGGUCGCAGUCAAAGUCCUGCGACCGGAUGCUGCUCAAGGGAGAUCACAGUUUCAACAAGAGGUGGAAGUGCUGAGCUGUUUAAGACAUCCCAACAUGGUGCUACUACUCGGGGCCUGCCCCGAGUAUGGCUGCCUAGUGUACGAGUACAUGGCCAACGGAAGCCUAGAAGACCGCCUGCUCCGGAAGGGGAACACGCGGCCUCUGACGUGGCAGCUCCGCUACAGGAUCGCUGCGGAGAUUGCAACGGGGCUGCAUUUUCUCCACCAGACGAAGCCAGAGCCCUUGGUCCACCGCGACCUCAAGCCUGGCAACAUCUUGUUGGACCAGAACUACGUCAGCAAGAUAGGCGACGUAGGUCUGGCAAGACUGGUCCCACCAUCCGUAGCGGAUGAUGUGACGCAGUACAGGAUGACCUCGACAGCAGGGACGUUCUGCUACAUCGACCCGGAGUACCAGCAGACAGGCAUGCUGGGCGUAAAAUCCGAUGUGUACUCGUUGGGAGUGGUAUUGCUGCAGAUCAUCACGGCCAGGCCGGCUAUGGGAUUGGCGCACCAUAUUGGGAAUGCGAUUGAGAAGGGAGCCUUGGUGGAGAUGCUGGAUCCGACCGUCCCGGAUUGGCCGAUGGAGGAGACUAUGAACUACGCCAAGUUGGCCAUACAAUGCGCGGAGCUCAGGCGCAAGGACAGGCCGGAUCUUGGCAAAGUCGUUGUGCCUGAGCUCAACAAGCUGAGAGUGCUUGGUGAAGAAAAUAUGAGCAGUUUUGUAAUAGGUGGGAAUUCAGCUUCCACUCCUAACCACAGUUUCAUUUUCCGUAGCUCAAAUUUGACGCAGGAUUUCAAGAGCGAUCCGAACGUGCAGUCCACGUACAGUGGCAUAGAGGGGAGUCACUUUGCUUCAGCAUCAAUGCCAGGAAAUUAAAACCUCAAUGAAGUUGCAGGUUAAAUUGCAAUAGAAGAAUGGAGCUUCCCCUCGGAAGAUUUAGGAAUGUACUAUAAUCUUAUGUAGA